AUGGCACCACCAAACGAUACAGAUCACGUAGGCGUCGGGACCCGCACCGUCGGAGGCGCAGCAAGACCGGAAGCCAGCGACAGCGGCAGCGGGAGCACACGCAGCAGCGGAGCCACCGGCUGCGACGGCGGCCGGGAAGCCGGCGGCAGCGACGGAGACGCCGACAGAGGCACCUACACCGGCAGCGGCAGCGACGGAGGAACCGGCAGCGACAGCGUCGAAGAACCGGCAGCGGACACGGAAACAGCGACGCCCGCAGCGCGGCCACCAGCCGAGGCCAUACGGAGGAGCCAUAUGGAACAGCAGCACAGCCGGCGAGCAGCAGCAGAGGCGCGACGCGAGGAGGAGCGGCGACGCGGGGAGGAGCGGCGACGCGAGGAGGAGGCCCGAAGGAAGGCAGCAGAGAAGGCGCAAAUGGAGGCGGCGCUGAACAAGGUCAUAAUGCGGGAGGCACGGGACGCCCUGCAGCGGCAGAUGGAGGCUGCGCGGCUCGUCGCCACGACGGCAGGAAUCACCGAAUGA